AUGGAACUGACGGAGACGAAAGAGUGGAACUGGAUAUCGACCAAACUGAACGUCGCCGAUGACGCUACCAAGUGGCAAAAAUCACCGGAUCUGUCACCUUCAACCCGUUGGUUCCAAGCACCAGAAUUCUUGUGGAAGUCGAGCGAACAGUGGCCAGCGCAACCGUCGGAGUUCGAAGAAACCGCCGAAGAGAUGCGGCCGCGAGUACUCCAUCACUUUGCGCAGUCUGCAGUCUUUCGGUGGGAGGACUUUUCAUCGUGGAAGGAUCUGCUGCGUCGCGUGGCAUACGUGCGAAGGUAUCCGGCGAAUCUGCGAAGGAGGCAAGCGAAAAAACCAAUCGUCACCGGUCCGCUAACGCAGGAGGAGUUGAAGGAAUCCGAAUCGUUGAUCUUCAAGAUGGUGCAGGAUGCUGAAUUCGCUUCUGAAAUCGGUCUACUGAAGAAGCCGAGGUGUAAGCCGCUGCCGAAGAAUAGCUCGCUGUACAAGCUUAGUCCGUACCUGGACGGUUAUGGAGUACUACGUAUGAGGGGCCGUAUAGACGCCUGCGAAGUUGUGGACGAGAAUACAAAGCACCCAAUACUGCUGCCCAAGCGUCACGCGGUAACGGACAUGAUAAUAGCCAGUGUUCAUCAGCGGUACUGCCACAUAAACCACCAGACUGCUCUUAACGACAUCCGACGCAGAUUUUACGUGCCUCAACUCCGCUCUACGUACAAUCGUGUACGAAACCGAUGUCAGCUCUGCAAGAACCGCCAGGCGAAGCCAGCUGUACCGGAAAUGUCUGCUCUCCCACCUGCACGACUGAAAGCUUUCUGCCGCCCAUUCUCCUACAUCGGAAUCGACUACUUUGGCCCGAUGAACGUGGUCGUUGGCCGGAGGGCCGAGAAACGUUGGGGAGUCUUGAUAACCUGCCUCACAGUACGAGCCGUACAUAUUGAGGUCGCCCACAGCCUCACGACGGACUCAUGCAUCCUAGCUCUUCGAAACUUCAGUGCCAGAAGAGGCGCCUCUCUGGAGAUAGUCAGCGGUCGAGGCACUAACUUCAUCGGAGCCAGCCGGUAG